AUGAUUGAGCCAAUCAACAUUGCCCUCCUCAUUACCCUCUGCACCGCAGUGGGCGCGUUUUCCGUCCCAAACGUGAACGCGACGUUCAGCAAGUCUCCCAAGCCGUUUGAGAUCCGUGUUGACCGAAAGUUCAUUGAGGACACACGACUUCGAGUCGCACAUGCCAGGGCUCCGGUAUUUUUGGGAGCGAUGGGCGAAGGCCCAAGCCCUGAAAAUUACACCAACGUUCGAGACUACUGGGCCAAUGAAUAUGACUGGAACAUUGCCGAGGCGUCCAUUAAUAGAAAGCUGAAACAAUUCACGACGGUUGUUGCACCCAUUAUGGGGAAUAGCUCAAAUCGAGUUCCAUUACACUUUGUUCACCACCGUUCGCCGCGCGACGAUGCCAUUCCGUUGCUCUUUAUCCAUGGCUGGCCAGGCUCGUUUCUCGAAGUCAGCAAUAUCAUCGAUGCCUUAACAAACCCUCCUAACAGAUCUGUGCCGGCGUUUCAUAUAGUCGCUCCGUCAAUACCUGGAUUUGGAUUUUCUCCGGCACCUCAGCGCCCUGGGUUUGGUCCGGUGGAAACCUCUCAUGCCUUUAACGCAUUAAUGAAUCAAUUGGGUUAUCAGAAAUAUGUCAUUCAGGGCGGCGAUUUCGGGGGUGUUAUUCUUCGUUUCCAGGCCCAUCUUUUUCCGAAGAAUGUCGUCUCCGUGCUUAGCAACUUUUGGAUCAUCCAGCCAGGGGACAAUGACCUCCGCAGGCUUGCGCAGGGGUUAUCAACUCCGGAUGAGGUCACCUACAUUAACAUUUUGGAAACAUAUAUCAACCAGGCAUCUGGAUAUCGUGCUAUGCAAGAAACACAGCCUCUUACAGCGGCUUUUGCCAUGUCGGAUUCUCCGCUGGGUUAUGCAAUGUGGAUCUUUGCUUUGAUGAAUGAGGUCAUCGACCCAACAGUCAAAUCUUGGACUCCCGAAGAGAUCAUCACCUGGUCGAUGAUGUACUACAUACAGGGCCCUUAUGGCGGUAUGCGUUUCUACAAGGAGGUUGCCAAUGAUGGGGGUUUGGAGGCGGCUGACUUUGGCACUCUCCCACUGGUGGAGGUGCCGGCGGCGAUCAGUCAGUUUCCUUAUGAUAUCACUUAUCGGAUGCCUUUAGAGUGGGCCAAGCGUGGAGGAAACGUUAAAAGGCGAAAUGUACACAGCCAUGGCGGCCACUUUGCGGCCUAUGAAGUGCCUGAUCUUUUGCUUCAAGAUAUCUGGGAUUGGUUCGGAGAUAAGGAGACAUCCGGAACGAAAGUCUUCAUCAAUUAA